CGAAAAGCAGCGUAGCCAUCAUGGCAGCAUCUCCGCCAGCUCUGCUAUCGAGCCGACACCGGUGCCCAAGGAUCAUUUUGCACUCGUUGGUUGUCGUCGUCUCGGUGUUCUUGGUGGCUGCCGUCUUGCUCCACAACUCUGUUUUCUCCAGUCGCUUGUUGCCGAAUUCGUCGCCGCUUCUGCGACACAAGACGCCCUUGAUUGUCUUGCUUGGCGACUCCAUUACAGAGUACGGAGCGAAUCCCCGGCUAAUGGGGUACGCAUCGAUGCUGGCCAACGACUACGUCCGUCGUGCCGACAUCGUCAACCGCGGCGCUGCUGGUUGGACUUCACGAAAAUGGUUGGAACAUUUCCCCUCCAUGAUCCAGGACUGGGGACACAACCCCCCCGCCUUGGUGUCCAUAGCGUUGGGCGCGAAUGACGCUGCUCUCGAGAGUGAUCCCGUUCACGUCCCCGUUGAUGAAUACGCGUCCAAUCUGCGGGACAUGGUUCGCCAGAUUCGCACUGCAUUCCCGACGUGCAUGAUCAUGCUCGUGACUCCGCCCACAGUCGACGAUGCCACAUGCAUUUGGCCCAGAUCCAACGAACAGGCCGGAGUGUACGCCCAAAUGUGCGUGCAGGUUGGCGCGGCGCUGAAUGUCUCUGUCGUCGAUGUCUGGUCGGCAUUCCUUCACGAAAACCAGCAGAAUCGCACCACUGUCCUGCAUGUUCCGGAUGGACUCCACUUGAACGGUCCAGGCAACAUGCUCCUGCACGACCUUUGGCUAGCCCAAGUGCAUCUCGACAUGCCACAGCUCAGCCCCCGCCACUUGCCCAUCGUGUUCAGCUGAGCAACCGAUUACGCCCCAAGUUCUUUGACUACAGCAGCCAUAACCCAAAGAGCUCAACACGUGUCAUGCCUGUUUCAGCAGCG